AGAAUCACCGCUAGUUUUACUUCAGACUGGAUGAAGCAAGCGCAGCUUUUCUGCUCUGGAUACUGUUCAGAUCCAACAUGUCUCACACUGUGACUCUCAGCGGUCCCUCACCCUGGGGUUUUCGGCUGGUGGGUGGACGAGACUUCAGCACACCGCUCACCAUAUCCAGAAUAACACCUGCGAGUAAAGCGGCGCAGAGCAACCUGAGUCCUGGAGACACCAUCCUGGCCAUCAAUGGAGAAAGCACAGAGAACAUGACGCACAUGGAGGCUCAGAACCGCAUUAAAGCCUGCACAGAUCAGCUGGUGUUGGCCAUCUGCAGAUCUGGAAAGGCUUGGUCUCCAACUGGAAUGGAAGAACUCAAGACAAGUCCAUUCAGCCCAACACUGGAGUCUGAUUCACAGACUUUCCGACCAAUCAGCAGUGGCUACAGUCCCACUCCCAAGAGUCCGUCACCCAAGAGCCCAAUCACUGGCGCUGUGCCCUACAACAAUGGCGUAUCCAGACCGGUGUACAACAACCCAGCAGGACUUUAUUCACACAACAACGGCAACGGCGCCCUGCCCAAGCAGAUGUCCGGCCUCAGCCUGGGCUCUCCUCACAGUUUCAGCCCUGAGCCGCCAGUGAAUUCAUCAGGCAACCGCAACGGUUUCGACACACAAUCUGACGUCUACAGAAUGCUUCUGGACUAUGAGGAACCGGUUUCAGCUCCCAAACAAUCCGGCUCCUUUAAAUACCUGCAGGGAAUCCUGGAAGCUGAGGAUGGGGGGGUCUCGCCGGUGGACAGAUCUGGGGUCAGAGGCUUGCGUUCCCCUGUUAAAUCACCCGUGCCGAAGCUGGGCAGCCCCAUUACAGCCCCUCUGGCACCCAUUCCUGGCCUACAGAACCUUCCUCAGUGCACACGCUGCGCAAACGGCAUUGUGGGAGUCAUCGUGAAGGCGCGAGACAAGCUCUACCACCCCGACUGCUUCAUGUGUGACGACUGCGGCCUCAACCUGAAGCAGAGAGGAUAUUUCUUCAUCGAUGACAAUCUGUAUUGUGAAACCCACGCCAAAGCCCGCGUUCAGCCUCCUGAGGGCUACGACGUGGUGGCCGUUUAUCCCAACUCCAAAGUGGAACUGGUCUAAACACACACACACACACACACACACACUUUCUAAAACACACCCACACACAGCUUUUCCUGGAGGACUCAGCCUGGCGAGGUGGAAAUGAGAAUAACAAACUGAAGCUUUUUUUUUCAGUCUCUGUAGUUUGUUAACCUGCUGUUUUUCUAGGUCGGCAGCAAAUUUAGGACGGGUCCUUUCUAACAUUCUUACACAGCACAAGACGGUUUGAGACGUAAGAUGACAGAGUAGAAACACACAUCUGAGAGGAACAUCUGUUCACCUCAGUUAUUUCUCUGAACGCUGCGGUGAACUGAGGUGCUCAGGACCGCCGCAAAAGAAUGUGGAAAAUGCGAGACAGUAUUCAUUUAUUCAGAGCGUUCGGGACGGUGUGUUUAUUCUGUGUAGCUUGUAUUUUAGUAGAUGAUCUGGCUUUCAUUAUUACAUCCAACUUUAUAUUUGCCGUAAAUGGAAAAAUGUAUAUAUAAAAUAAGUCUGUAAGAAUGGAAAACCUGUGAUUUGAUUGGCUUGAUCAGAUUUAAAGGGAUAGUUCACCCAAAAAUUAACAAUUCUGUCACCUUCUAUUCACCUUUUACUUGUUUCAAACCCUUAGACGUUUCUAUUCUCUAGAUGACACUUAUUUUAUCAAAAUAAAACAUGAUCAUGUCUUGAUUUUGACUGAUUUAAUUAGGACAGUAAGGUCUGAUUUUGCUUAGACAAAAGUCUUGUCACUGAACCUUCAAUAAUGUCCAGUAUAGAAUAUGUGGUGAUGCUGCAGUGGAAACAGAAUGAAUAUUGUGUCUGACUCCAUCAUGAGCUUGGAGGACUGCAUCCAUACAUCUCUGCAAUGACUCAAAUCACUGAUUAAUGAAGUCAUCUGGAAUGGCAAAGAAAGCGUUCAUGCAGGACUCCCAGAGCUCAUCAAGACUCUUUGGAUUCAUUUUCAAUGGCUCCUCCUCCAUCUUACCCCAGACAUGCUUAAUAAUGUUCAUGUCUGGUAACUGGGCUGGCCAAUCCCGGAGCACCUUGACCUUCUUUGCUUUCAGGAUCUUUGAUGUGGAGGCUGAAGUAUGAGAAGGAGCGCUCUCCUGCUGGAGAAUUUGCCCUCUCCUGUGGUUUGUAAUGUAAUGGGCAGCACAAAUGUCUUGAUACCUCAGGCUGUUGAUGUUGAUCAUCCACUCUGCAGAUCUCUCGCACGCCCCCAUACUGAAUGUAACCCCAAACCAUGAUUUUUCCUUCACCAAACUUGACUGAUUUCUAUGAGUCUUGGCUCCAUGCGGGUUCCAGUAGGUCUUCUGCAGUAUUAGUGAUGAUUGGCAUGCAGAUCAACAGAUGAUUCAACAGAAAAAUCCACCUUCUGCCACUUUUCCAAAUGAUCAACUAGAAGUCGAGUUAUUAUUUGUUGCUCGUAAAACUGGGAUCGAUGACAAGACUUUUGUGAGGUUAUUUGGGUAUUAUGUAUUAUUAGAGAUGCAGAAUAUGUGCUUCAUAAGUACUAAUAAAUAGUGUUGGGAAAAGUUACAUGUAAAAGUAAUAGAUUACAAUCUUAAGCCUAGCGGAGAUGAAAAAUUAUAUAUAAAUGUGCAUAAAAAUAACAGAUUGCUUGCCUUGAAAAGUAUCAAAAUUACUUACAAAAAAAAAAGGUGACUUAAGAUUGUAAUAUAAUAGUUUUUCUUCAACUUUCCUCAACUCUACUACUAUAAACAGCCGGUAUCUCCAAUGGCAGGUAAUAAGCCACUAGAGCAGGGGUGGGCAAACUCGGUCCUGGAGGGCCGGUGUCCUGCACAGUUUAGCUCCAACACCAAGAGUUGGAGCUAAACUGUGCAGGACACCGGCCCUCCAGGACUGAGUUUGCCCACCCCUGCUCUAGUUAUAGUGAGAAUCGGUACUUAGACUAAAGUGUUAUCAGUUUUUGGCGUUUAGUAAAUUCAUUAUGUUUUCAGUUUAAAGCUAGACACCUGAAAAUAUUAGCAGACAUUUUUUAGAUUACCCUUAAUUUCCCUUAAAGCCUGAUGUUUGCGAUGCUUAACGUAACAGCUGAUUUGCGUAUAGUAUAUAUGAUUGAAACCAGUUUCAUUUUUGUGGAUGUGGAUGACUUCUUGUAAAACAAAACCAGAAUAACAAGUCUUUCUCUGUUUGUGGUGAUGCUUCUGUAAAUGCUGUAAAAAAGAGAGAGAGAGAGA